UGCUGAGUGUUUUAUUUUUAUCAGUCAGCAAUUGCUGCAAUCCCGUCGCCUACAUGUCCCAGAAUUCCCCGGCGUUGUUUAUUUAGCCUAAAUCUCAGCUGCUCGGACUGUGCAACGGGCUGCACGGUGUGUGUGUGUGUGUUUGUGUGGUAGUAAUGCAGUUUCGGUCCUUUCGGUUUUUAUUGUUUUGCUUCAAAAUGAAGGACACGCUCGGCUGAAUCCGCGUGGCUUACGGAGACGAAAACGGGAACAUGAAAUGGAGAUCACACGGGCCAGACCGUCCUUGUAUGGAGAAAUCGCACAUGGGCUUGGAUUCUGGACAGACCGGUCAGCAGUGCACGAGGCUGCUGCACAGGGCAGGGCCCUCCAGUUGCAGCAGCUGAUCGAGGGAGGUGCUGCAGUUAACAUAGUGGCUGUGGACUCCAUCACACCCCUGCAUGAGGCCUGUAUACAGGGACAGGCCCAAUGUGUCAGACUGCUGCUGGAUGCUGGUGCACAGGUGGAUGCUCGUAACAUUGAUGGUAGCACGCCACUGUGUGAUGCUUGUGCAGCUGGUAGUCUGGAUUGUGUCAAGCUGCUGCUGGAGUAUGGAGCAACUGUAAAUCCCCCACUGUUCACCUUCUCACCUCUUCAUGAAGCCUGCAUGGGAGGGAAUUCAGAUUGUGUUCAGCUCAUGAUCGAUCAAGGAGCUUACAUGGAGGCCCAUGACUGCCACUAUGGGACACCGCUCCAUGUAGCCUGUGCCAGGCAACAUUAUGACUGCGCCAAAGUACUCCUCAACGCAGGGGCAAAUGUGAACGCUGCCAAGCUCCAUGAGACGGCUCUUCAUCAUGCAGCCAAAACAAAGAACACCGAUUUGAUUGAGGUGCUUGUGGAGUUUGGGGGGAAUGUGUACGCCAGGGAUAAUCUGAACAAAAAACCUAUCCACUACACCACUCUAGGAUCUCCGUCUUAUCUCUGCCUUGAGUUCUAUGAGAAUAACCCCCUCAGUUUACAGCAGAUCAGCAGGGUGGCAGUGAGGAGGAUUCUUGGAACGAGAGCUCGCAAAGUUGUUUCCAGGCUCGACUUGCCCAAUCGCAUCAUAAGCUUCCUCUCUUACAUUCCAGCGCCAGUUAUUGAAAUUUAAUCGCUGGUUACAUCAGCUGUGGCACUUUCUUUUGAAAGUCAUAUGACAGGAUGUUGUAGCUGGCAGCAGUACCACACAGAGGUGGUAUCCGAUCUUUUUUUUUUUGUUUUUUUUUGUUUUUUUGCCUUUUUCCUCUGAGUUGCCCCACACAACAUUAAAAAAAAAAAAAAUCUCUUCUUCACCUGCCAGUUGUACAUUUUUAACUCUGCACUUUGGGCCUUGGCAGAUGGUGCACAAUUUUGGGCAGGAAUUGGCUGUUUUUUGUGAAGGCCAAAAGAUACAUUUUUGCCAUUUAAGGCCAUGCACACCACGAAUCAAGCUGACAUAGGCCAGUUUCCUUAUUUUAGAUCUCCUUUCGGGGCUGUGUCGAUGCAUGCAGACCGUUUUGUCGUUCUCCUGUGUGUAUUUGUUGCAACAGGCCAAGUUCCACCUUUUUUAAAUAUCCUUUUAUUAGUGGUUUUGAUUUCACGUAGUUCGCCUCCACUGAAGAGGAAGUCGAGAAUUAGUAUCAGUAUCAGAGCACACCUGUGCGUAUUCAGAGGCUCUGGCAGCAGCAGCUUAUUUCACAUUUCUUGGAAUUAUUUGUGUCAGUGCUGAUAGAUUUUUUUUUUUUUCUUUGUGGAGCUUGAAAUAGUAAGAAAAUACUUGGCUUGUUCUACAUGACUAAGUAUGUGUGAAUGUAAAUUUCUUUAAAAAACAAAACAAAAAAAUCCCUGUAAGACUACAUUUAACCUUUUGGGAACAUGUGGCUUGAUUACUAGGAUCGUGUUAAUGUAUAAAUUUGUAUAUAUUCUGUAAUGACUUAUUUUAAUGUAAAUUUGUACAUAAUACAGAUGGUUCUACCUCUAUCAGGUUUGUGUGAAUAAAUAGACUACCAGACAAUUUUAAAAA